CCCAUCAAAUUUUGCUCAACGAGUUUUAAGCAAAAUCUAAUUCAAGAUGAGAGGCAAUCGUAUGAUUCCAAAUGCACAUUUCCACAAGUGGUGGCAACGAUUUGUAAGAACUUGGUUUAAUCAACCAGCUAGAAAGCACCGUCGUCGUCAGAAUCGUAUUACAAAGGCUAAAGCUGCUUUCCCAAGACCUGCAAAGGGACCUCUACGCCCAAUCGUCAGAUGCCCAUCAAUUCGUUACCACACAAAGCAACGUAUAGGUCGUGGGUUCACAUUGGCUGAAUUGAAGGCUGCUGGACUUACAGCUGGAUUCGCAAGAACAGUUGGAAUUUCAGUCGAUCAUCGUCGUCGCAACAAGUCCGUUGAAUCGAGACAGGAAAAUGUUCAGCGUCUUAAGGAAUACCAGAACAAGCUUAUCCUCUUCCCAGUUCAUGAAAAUAAGAAGAAUUUGAAAUUGCGCAAGGGUGAAGCUAGCGAGGAAGAACGCAAAUUGGCAACACAAUUAACUGGACCAAUUAUGCCAAUUGUUAAGACGAAACCUUCAAUUGAAUUCCGUUCAAUCACAGAAGACGAAAAGAAAUUCUCUGCCUUCAAUGCAAUCCAUUGUGCACGUAUUGCUGCUCGUACUGCUGGUAAACGCGCUAAGGCUGCUAAGGAUGCCGCUGAAGCUUCAGAAAACACACCAGGAGCAAAGAAGUAAUGAUAAAUGAAUCAUUUUUGUUAAGAACGAAUUACAAAAAGCUGGAAAUAAAAAACAUCCUCUAAAAAUUU